CGCCACAUCGAACGAGCAACAACGCUCAGAUACAAAGAUACGUUCGUUCGCAGCAGCAGCAGCGACAGCGACAGCGCCAGAUUCCGAGAGCAACGUUGCGUAUGCGUGACGCGUAAUCGCGUAGAGUUUUCCACAUUUUCCCCCCCUAAUAAACCAACGAACGCGUAGUGCAGUGCAGUUCCACAAACGGCGCUGACAACCCCAAGACAUCCAACCAUCCAUCCAGCGAUGACAGUGCCCGGGCAGCUUUAGAUCAGCGAUCGGUCAGACCCAGAGAGAGAGUGAGAGAGAGAGAGCGAGAGAAGCAGCAAAGCAAAGCAAAGCAAAGCCAGCGGCAAGGCAAGGCAGGGCAAGGCGGUCUGCAAUCCGCCGACGGCAAAACGAUAAAGUGAUCCAAAGAACGCGGUUAAGCUGGCGGUAACGGUGCAACGAUAACGAUAACGAUCGCGCAACGGUAAACGGCAACGGUGUACAGUGUACGGUGGACAUGGAGCGAGUCCUCCUGCGCGCAUGACAAACGAACAGCCGCCGAGAUCGAUCCCCCCCCGUCCUGGGAGAGGCCUGUCAAAGCGAAAGAUCAAAAUAUUAGAGUCCUCCCCGACCCCAAAACGCCAAUACCUUCCCCCCCACACACACACAAAACAGUGCAAUGAUCAAAAGUUAACGGUACAAGCUAAAUAAAUCAAGAAACAAAGGAUACAAAGUAAAAGGGAGAGAGAAGAGAGAGAGAGGAGAGAGCGAGAGAGAGAGCGAAAGUGCUUAGCAGAUAACGGUCAUAAAGUUCUCUUGAUGAAAAAUCACCUGUGCAACGUGCUGUGUGCAAUGCGUAGUGACUUCAAGGAUAAUCACCAGGAGACCAUCAAUAAAAUGAUACAAUUUGGCACAGUGAAAUAUGGCAUUGUCAAACAGCUGAAGGAUCGCGCUAGAAGCGCCGACAAAGACACUGGCAGCGAUCAGGAGGAGAAUGGUGGCUGCUCACCAAUGACCACGGCCACCACCACGGCCAGUCCCAGUCGCAGUCCCGAGCCCGAGGAGGAUCAGGAGCAGCCGCAGAGCCCCAAACACACAGAAACGGACGAGGAGACCAUCGAGGAUAACAACAACAAGGUGGACAUGACGAAACCCAGUUCCGAGCUGGAGCUGGCCCACUCCCACUCCCACUCCCACUCGCAGUCGCAGUCGCAGUCGUCACCCCUCGCAGCACACACAACACAGAGCACAGAAGAGGCAGCCACGGCGGCCAGUCCGGCAGCAGUGGCGCCGGAGAAGGACAUCGAAGUGGAUGUGGAGAUGCCAGAGACGCGGACCGCCGCGGGCGGACCAGCAGAGGAGCAGGGAGUGGGCGUGGGCGUGGGCGUGGGUGUGGGUGUCGGCGCCACGCCCGUCACCCUGGAGGCCAUUCAGAACAUGCAGAUGGCCAUUGCGCAGUUCGCGGCCAAGACCAUUGCCAACGGAUCGACGGGAGCGGACAAUGAGGCGGCCAUGAAACAGCUGGCCUUCCUGCAGCAGACGCUCUUCAACCUGCAGCAGCAGCAGCUCUUCCAGAUCCAGCUCAUACAGCAGCUGCAGUCGCAGCUGGCCCUCAACCAGGCCAAGCAGACGGAGGAGGGGACGGAGGACGACGAAGAGGAGGAGGAGGAGCAGGAGCAGGAGCAGGAUGCGGAUGUGGAGCCAGAGGAGCGCGAGGAUGGGGAGACGGACACGUACGAGGAGGAGGAGCGCAUUGCCGACAUGGAGCUGCGCCAGAAGGCGGAGGCGCGCAUGGCCGAGGCCAAGGCCCGCCAGCAUCUGAUCAAUGCGGGCGUUCCGCUGCGCGAGUCCUCCGGCUCCCCGGCCGAGUCCCUCAAGCGGCGCCGCGACCAGGCACAGGAGCAGGAGGAGCAGGAGGAGGCGGCCGCUGCCAUGAGGCGGCCCCCCACCAGUCGCCGGCUCAGCGCGGAGCUGGCGGGCCACAAGGAGAACGCCCAGGAGGCGCUGGCCAAGCUGAGGGACAUGGAGAACAGGCCGUUGCCGUUCGGCUCCGAUCUGGCCUCCAGCAUCAUCACGAACCACGACGACCUGCCCGAGCCGAACUCGCUGGACCUGCUGCAGAAGCGCGCCCAGGAGGUGCUCGACUCGGCCUCCCAGGGCAUCCUGGCCAACAACAUGGCCGACGAUUUCGCCUUCGACAAGGCCGGCGAUGGCAAGAGCCGCAACGAGCCGUUCUUCAAGCACCGCUGCCGGUACUGCGGCAAGGUGUUCGGCUCCGACUCCGCCCUGCAGAUCCACAUCCGCUCCCACACCGGCGAGCGGCCCUUCAAGUGCAACGUCUGCGGCAGCCGCUUCACCACCAAGGGCAACCUCAAGGUGCACUUCCAGCGGCACGCCCAGAAGUUCCCGCACGUGCCCAUGAACGCCACGCCCAUUCCGGAGCACAUGGACAAGUUCCAUCCGCCGCUGCUCGACCAGAUGUCGCCCACGGACAGCUCGCCCACCCACUCGCCGGCGCCGCCGCAGGCUCCGUCCGGCAGUGCCGCCGCCGCCGCCGCCCCGCCCCCCAUGCCCUUCGCCACGAGCCCCGCCUUCCCGGGUCUGCAGGGCCUGUACCGCCCGCCCAUGGAGAUUCUGAAGAGCUUGGGCGCCGCCGCUGGCGGGCCGCAUCCGUUCUUCCCCCAGAUGCCGGGCCUGGGCGCCGCCCUGAAGCACUCCUCCGGCGCCGCCGCCCACCACGACAUGCCCACGGACCUGCGCAAGUCGUCGGGUCCGAGCUCGCCGCGCCAGCAGGAGGAGCAGGAGGACGAGGAGAUGUCCGGCCGGCUGCCAGUCAAAACGGAGCUCAUGGAGGAGGACAAGGAGGAGCAGCCCGAGGAGCUGGACACCAACUCGGCCAACGGUCGCUCGGAGACGGAGACGGAGCCCGACCCGGAGCCACUGCCCCUGGAGGUGCGCAUCAAGGAGGAGCGCCUCGAGGAGGAGUCCUCGGAGCAGCACCAGUCCCAGCAGGAGCAGGAGGAGCAGGAGGAACAGCUGGAGGUGCGGAGUACGCCCUCGCCACGCGUCCGAUCUCCGCCAGUGAAUCACCAUCGCAGCCAUCACCAGCACCACCACCAGCAUCAGCAGCAUCCGCAGCAUCAUCUGCAUGGCUAUCCGCCGGUGGUGCAGCCCAUCCAGCCGCCCGCGCUGAUGCAUCCGCAGCAGCCGUCGCCUGGGAGCCAGUCGCACCUGGAUCACCUGCCCACGCCCGGCCAGCUGCCGCCGAGCAUGCCCCACCGGGAGGACUUCUUCGCGGAGCGUUUCCCCCUCAACUUUACGACGGGCAAGACGCUCUCGCCGGAGCACAAUUCGCCCGUGCGCUCGCCCGCCACCGGCGCGGCCCACGCCCAUGCCCAUCCGCACGGGCAUCCGCACGGGCAUCCGCAUCCGCAUCCGCACCCGCACGCCCACAUGGCGCGCUCGCCGUUCUUCAAUCCCAUCAAGCACGAGAUGGCCGCGCUGCUGCCACGGCCGCACAGCAACGACAACUCGUGGGAGAACUUCAUCGAGGUGUCCAACACCUGCGAGACGAUGAAGCUCAAGGAGCUGAUGAAGAACAAGAAGAUCAGCGACCCCAACCAGUGCGUCGUCUGCGACCGCGUGCUCUCCUGCAAGAGCGCCCUGCAGAUGCACUACCGCACCCACACGGGCGAGCGGCCCUUCAAGUGCCGCAUCUGCGGGCGCGCCUUCACCACCAAGGGCAACCUCAAGACGCACAUGGCGGUGCACAAGAUCCGGCCGCCGAUGCGCAACUUCCACCAGUGCCCCGUGUGCCACAAGAAGUACUCGAACGCGCUCGUGCUGCAGCAGCACAUCCGCCUGCACACGGGCGAGCCCACGGACCUCACGCCCGAGCAGAUCCAGGCGGCCGAGAUACGCGACCCGCCGCCCUCCAUGAUGCCCGGCCACUUCAUGAAUCCCUUUGCGGCGGCUGCCUUCCACUUUGGCGCCUUGCCGGGUGGACCGGGCGGCCCGCCGGGCGCGGGAGGGGCGGGAGGGCUGCAUGGGGCGCACAACGGAGCGCUGGGCUCGGAGUCGUCGCAGGGCGAUCUGGAGGACAACAUGGACUGCGGGGACGACUACGAUGACGAUGUGUCCUCGGAGCAUCUGUCCAGCAGCCACCUCGAGCCGGAGGGCGGCGGGUCGGAGCGGCCGCGGUCGGGGGACGACUUCAAGUCGCUGCUGUUCGAGCAGAAGCUGCGGAUCGACGCGACGGGCGUGGUGAACACCAAUCCGCCCGCCCGGCCGCGCUCCUCCGCCUCCAGCAAUGCCCACUCCGUGGGAUCCGCCUCGGCGCCCACCAGCCCCACCUCCCAGUCGCACCACCUGGCCACCAAGCCCAGCUCCACGCGCGCCAGCAGCCCCGCCAGAUCGGAGGCGUCGCAAGGCGCCCUGGAUCUGACGCCGCGCGCGGCUCCACAGCCUGCGCCGGCGGCCAGCGCCUGCUCCUCCAGCUCCCGCUCGCCGCUGCUGCCCAAGGAGAAGCCCAUCAGCCCGCCCAGCAGCAGCCUGCCGCAGUCCGCGCGGAGCCCGCCCAACGCCCAACCUCCGCCUGCGCCGCCCUCGAUGCUCUCCUGCUCGCCGCUGCCCCCGUCGGUGGCCAUUGACUGCCUGCCCCCGGGCCUGCAGCACCACCUGCAGCAGCAGCACCAGCACCUCAUGCAGCAGCAGGCGGCCGUGGCCGCGGCAGCGGCGGCCCAGCACCAUCACCAUCAGAUGCAGCAGCACGCGGCCGCGCUGCACCAGCACCAGGAGCAGCUGCGCCGCGAGGCGCAGGAGGCUCAGCAGAAGGCGGCGGCAGCGGCGGCCGUGGCGGCAGCAGCCCAGCGCCAGACAUCGCCCCAGCCGCCGUCGCGGGGGGGUCAGCGCGAGGAUGUGCCAGCGGGCCAGCAGCCGAAUCCGCUGAUGGGCGCCCGUCCGCCCUUCGGCAUGUUCCCCAAUCUGCCGCUCUUUCCGCCCUCGACGACGCAGAAUAUGUGCAAUGCGAUGAACCAGAUCGCCCAGUCGGUGAUGCCGGCGGCGCCGUUCAAUCCGCUGGCACUGAGCGGGGUGCGGGGCAGCACCACAUGCGGCAUCUGCUACAAGACAUUCCCCUGCCACUCGGCGCUGGAGAUUCACUACAGGAGCCACACCAAGGAGCGGCCCUUCAAGUGCAACAUCUGCGAUCGCGGCUUCACCACCAAGGGCAAUCUGAAGCAGCACAUGCUGACACACAAGAUCCGGGACAUGGAGCAGGAGACCUUCAGAAAUCGUGCCGUAAAGUAUAUGAGUGAAUGGAACUCCGAUCGCGAAUAGGCAGACACUCAGCUAUCGGCACGAUCACGAUCGAGAGAGAUCUGCAUGCCGAUAUCCAGAUCACUUUGCUCCCAGAAGGCUGGCAGAUCCACAUUCAGAUUCAGAUUCAGAUCAGAUUCAGUCAAGAUGCAAUCGAUUCUCGCAACCAAAUGAUCUCAAGGUUUAGAGCAAAAAUACAGAGGAAGAGCGAGUGAGAGUGGUAGAGAGGGGCGACAGAUCGGGCAGCACGCUGCUUGAAGAUCGGAGUCGUGUAUACAAAAAUCGUUUAUAUUUAUAAAUUGUUGCCCGCAAAAAUAUUAUUUGAUUUGAUUGUUGCUCCCAAAAUGAUGAAGAAGAAUGCGAAAAGGCUGUUAACACCAAAAGCCAAUCGAUUCCUGAGCACACAGUUUCAUAAACAAUUUUUUAUGAUGCGGCGGCGGUGCUGCGUACAGACAAAAUACACCUAAAAUACCAAUACUACUACAAAAGGCGAUCAUGAAACGUAUCCAAAGAUGCAUCAAAAGCAAUUUGUGUUCCAGCUAAAAACAGAGCAAACAGAAGACCUGGGACAUGGAACCACAAAGCUGCUUGGUAUACUUAGAAGAGACUGAUAGCGUUUCAUGUUCCACACAAAAAACAAUAACUAAAUACAAAAAACAAAACAAAAACAAAAACAAACGGAAGCAUGCCACACAGUUGCAGAUACUCCUGCGCGGUAUCUGUGUGUGUGUUGAAGGCGUAGUAAAAUCAAAAUUCGAAUUUAAAGAGCAAACAACUUAAGGUAUAUGCUAAUAGAAAUUUAAUAGGUACCUAAGCGAUGCAAGCAUGUGUACAGACAUACAGACAGACAGACAUACAGACAUAUAUGAUAUAUAUUAUUAUAUUGUAGUAAUGAUAACCGAAUUCCCCCUCACAACCACACACACCAACACAAUCAAACAAUCACCUAGGCAUACAUAAAUGUUAAUAAUCUAUUUGGAAUGUGCAAUAAUAUGACACGCUAUAAAUUUAGAUGCUUUUGUUUCCUACUACUCGUAAAUUAGUUUUUAUUUUCCAACUCUUGUACAUACUUACAUACAUACACA